CAGCAGCAGCAGCAGCAGCAGCAGCAGCUGUCGCGGUAUCUGGAGCAAGAGAACGCGGAGAAGGCCGAGCAAGAGGAGCAACAACAGCAUGCGGAAAGAGAGGUGCAGCCUGCCUUAAGUGAGGAGCACCACCACGAGCUGGUCGAUCCACCCGACCUGUUUACGGCUUUUGGCGCAGCGGGGUCCUCACUACUGGCGGAGGCAACUGCUGUGCCAGGUUGGGCCGAGGCACAGGACAAAGCCCAGGCUGAUGCAUGCGGCGGCGUUGAUGCAGAGUUCCUUGUGGGCCCUGCCAGUACCGAGGUCCUUGUGGCGGCUUCAAACCCAGCAAAUCACCAGCUGCCCAGGGUGGAGCGGGUUAGCGGUGGGAACGCCGGGCAGCCGCCUGCUCCAGGGUCCGCGGGCAGUGGAGACGUCACUGGCAGCGGCAGCGGGCCCGCUGGGACAAGCGAGGCAUGCAUAGAGCCUGAGCCCGAAUGGAGCAGCGGUAGCAGUGGCGGCAGUAGCGAUGAAAGUGGUACAGGCGGCCCUAGCGGAGGUGAAUGA